AUGGAGAAGAAGGAAACAGAGAAGAAGAAGAAGAAACCCAACCUCAACCUCACCGAGUUGAUUCCUGAAAUGAUUGAUCUUUCUCAUGAGCAUGCGAACAAGAGGAUGAUGAUCAACGACAAAGAGAACCAGAACACUGUCUCUCUCCCUGACGAUUUGAUUCCAUUGAUUCUGGUGAGGUUACCUGUUCGAUCUCUCCUCCGCUUCAAAUCGGUGUGUAAGUCGUGGCUGUCUCUGAUUUCAAAUACCCAAUUUGCAAAAUCACAUUUUGAUCUAGCGGCUGCACCCACCCACCGUCUUCUUCUCAAAAGAAUCAAUGUUGGUUCUGAAAUUCAAUCAUUGGAUUUUGAAGCAUCGCUUCGCGACGAUUCUGCUGUGGUAAACCUCAAAUUCCCACCCUACAGUGCCCCCUUUUAUCUGGCUUUAGGUUCUUGCAGAGGGCUUAUUCUGUUAGCAAAAAUGAUGGGUCCAUCAGCUGGUGAUCUCAUUGUGUGGAACCCUUCAAAUAGUUUCCACAGAGAAAUUCAAGUAACCUAUGGCUAUGAUGACUGGGAUUCAUGGUAUGACCCAUCAUCAACCCGUGUCCGCCAAGGAAUUCCUCCUUAUGUUGGUUGUUUUUUGACUGGUUUUCUAUAUGGUUUUGGAUAUGAUCAGUCCAGAGAUGACUAUUUGCUUGUUUUGUUACGAUUUGGUAGACAUGAACCUCAACCUCAAGCAUUUGAGCAUAGCCGUGAAGGCCUUCUUGUUUGUAUGACAACUGGUGGACCUGAAGUGACUACAUUUUCGCGGCCUCGGGUUGAGGUUUUGUCUGUGAAAACUAAUGUGCCCUCCUUCAUUUAUGGCGAAGAGUUUGAAUAUGUGGAGCUCGGAAGUGCGUCCGCAUCUGGUUUGUUCUUGAAUAAGUCCCUACAUUGGUUGGUCAAAUCCAAGGCUACAGGGCUUCAUGUAAUCAUUGCCUUUGAUUUGGUUGAGAGGAGUUUAUUCGAGAUUCCUUUGACACCUGAUUUGACACAGGAAUUGGCAACACUUAAAAUUUAUCAUUUGAGGGUACUGGGAGGAUGUCUUGGUCUGUGUUGUAAUGGUGCUGGUGUUGACCAUGGAAUGACUGAGAUAUGGGUCAUGAAAGAGUAUAGAGUGCAGUCUUCUUGGACUAGAUAUUUUGUUCUGCCUGAGUAUUACUUUUUACCCAUAUGCUUCAUUGAAGGUGGUGGUGUUUUUGGAUCAAAUAACAGUGGAAGAUUUGAGAAAUUUGAUGAUAACGGAGAACUGCUGGAGGAUCACACAUAUGGACAAGAGAACGAAGAUGUUUUUGGGUAUUUUGACAUGUACAAGGAGACCCUACUAACACUCCCUGGUGAACUAUCUUGA